UUUAUUUUUUGUCACAGAGCAGUAAUACAAAAGGGAACUUCUCUCCCACACAAAGACGAGUACCCACUUGUAACAGCAUGCCAAUAGCACUAUACAUCAAGACAGCAUUGCCUCGGGCUAGCAAGGAACAUAAUUGACUGGCUAGAGCUUUAACUAUGUUUAUUUCUUUCUGAUAGGGACAAACAGUGCAAGCUCACAGCACUCUCUUCCUGUAAUCUUCAGAGAACACAUUACUAAGCAAAGGCAGAGAGCAUUAAGUAGUAUAGUGAAUGGGAAGGAGCUGAAUGGUAAAAUAUUACAAACCUCUUAUCCUGCCUAACAGAGAGCAAACGUUAAAUGAAGAUGCAUAUAUACACAAUUUUACUGCUAUUUGUUACAUCAGUGAACAUGGACCUAGUGACACAUAGUCAUAGUGCUGUUCUGGAUGCCCAGGGUAAAUAUAAAAUAAGUUGGACCCACAAGGACGGCACCAUUACCUUUCUGCUUCAAGUGGAAACGUUGGGCUAUGUUGGAUUUGGAUUUUCACCAAAUGGAGCCAUGGCAUCUUCCGAUAUAGUUAUUGGAGGAGUUUACAGAGGAAAGCCCUAUUUCCAGGAUUACUUUACAGAUAGUAAGAGAGUUCUUCACAGAGACACCCAGCAAAAUUAUAAACUUAAGUAUGCAAUAGAAAAUGGCACACACACUACCCUUAAGUUCAGCCGAGCUCUUCAAACCUGUGACCUGUAUGAUAAAAAUAUAACGGAAAGCACAAUACGAAUCAUUUGGGCAUAUCAUGAUGAUGAUAUUGAGGGCACUGGGCCAACCUACCAUGGGUCAAAUCGGGGUCAGAAGAGCUUACGCCUACUCAACCCAGAAAAAAAUGUCAUGUCUGUUGAAUCUCAGUCUUUCAGCUUUACGCAUCAGAACGUUCCUGUUCCAUAUAAAGACACAACCUAUUGGUGCCAGAUGUUUAAGAUGCCAGUACUGGACAAGAAACAUCACAUUAUUAAGGUUGAACCACUAAUACAAAAGGGUCACGAGAGUUUGGUACAUCACAUACUACUGUACGAAUGUGAAAGAGAUGCAAAUGACAGUGUCCUUGAAUAUGGGCAUGAAUGCUACCACCCCAAUAUGCCUGAUGUAUUUCUUACAUGUGAGACAGUACUAUAUGCUUGGGCUAUCGGAGGAGAGGGAUUCACAUACCCACCUAAUGUUGGCUUGUCAAUUGGGAUGCCUGAGGACCCAACAUAUGUCUUAAUGGAAAUCCACUAUGAUAAUCCAUCUCAGCAAGAAGGUUUAAUUGAUAACUCAGGACUUAAACUCUAUUAUACUCCGCACACAAGAAAAUAUGAUGCUGGUGUUUUAGAGGCAGGCAUUUGGGUUAGCCUAUAUCACAUGGUCCCACCGGGUAUGCCUGCAUUCAGCUCCGAAGGACACUGCACUGUGGAAUGUUUGGAAGAGGCCCUGAACUAUGAAAAGCCAGAUGGUAUCCAUGUAUUUGCUGUUCUUCUACAUGCUCAUCAAGCUGGUCAUGUCCUCCGAACUCGCCAUUUCAGGAAAGGAGUUGAGCAGAAGUUACUUGCUUAUGACAAUGAAUUUGAUUUCAAUUUUCAAGAGUUCCAAUAUCUGGAUGAAGAAAGAACCAUCUUACCUGGCGAUCACAUCAUUACAGAAUGCCAGUACAAUACAAAGAGCCGAUCCACAAUGACGUGGGGUGGGCUAAGUGCAAGAGAUGAGAUGUGCCUUUCCUAUUUAAUUUACUAUCCAAAGAUUAAUCUUGCUCGAUGUGAAAGCAUCCCUGAAAUAAAUGAGCAACUUCAGUUCAUUGGUGUGAAAGACAUAUACAGGCCAGUUACGUCCUGGCCUUUAAUAAUUAAGAGCCCAAAACGAUACAAUAAUCUAACCUUUACAGAAGCUAUGAACACAUUUCAGUGGUCUAGGAAGAAAGGAAAUGCAUUCAAUGAGCGAGUCAGGAAAAUGCCAAUAAAUGUGAGGUGUUCUAAACAUGAAAGUGGAGAAUGGUCGAUUCACGGAAUGCUCAUAUCACCACCCGACGUGAAAUCUUAUACAUUAGAAGAAAAUGAAUGUGUCUCCCCAUUGCCUUCACUAUUAUCUUGUUCAACGGCAACAACGGUCAGAAAUUUGGUGAUUGCGGCAAGCACGCUCAUACACAAAAUUUUAUAAACUGGGAGAUUUUAGAAGGCAUUAUACUUUUACACAAAUGUUAUCAUUAAGGUCCAUGUAUAAUUGCACUAUUAAAAUUAUGUUUUUUUACACAAAGUAAAGUAUUUUUUAUCAAAAUUUUUGAGUUUUACUAUGUUAUUUUGUUGGAGCUUUUUGUCUGGAUUUCUUGACACAAAGUAGGUGUUGUUUCAUGAAAAUCGAACCAUAACUGGAUAAUGUUUGGGUACAUAGGUGUAGGGAUUGUGUUCAAUGCAUUCAGCCAACUUCAGACUGGUCAACAAUGCAAAAACAAAACUCCACUUGUACCUCUCCAUUCAUUUUUCUAUGUUACAUUUAUUUUGCUUUUCUGUGUAUUAAAGGGCUUUUUUUUUUUGCUAUGAAGAUAUACUAUAUAUAGUCACAGUAAAAUAUGCUUUGGGCUAUAAUGUGUCCUAGUUUUUCAGGACAAUCUCCCUUUAUUCCUCUAAGACUCACUAUAGUUAUGUAGUUCAGACUUCAAUACAUUCAUAGGAGAAAUCUACAGGGGCUUAAAAAAGUUUUACUUUAGAUGAUAUAAUAAUGAAAUAUCAAAACACAACAGAUGAGCCCCACAUAUAUUAUUCUAAAAUCUAUGUGACAAAGUGAGAGGCUGGCAAAUCAUUAACAGAAAGAUAUAUUUUCGCACUGCAUCGCCUUUGCAGCUUGCUAUGUGCUUUAAAUUUCUGGAGCGCUCUGUACUUAUCGUAUAUGAAAAUGAAGGCUAUCCACUUAAGCAAAGUACAGUUGCCUCAGGAAAUGCUUAAAUGGCUUUUGGGAGGGAGGCAAGAGAUGUACAUCUAUUUGAAAUCUAAGAGUAAUAUUAUGAAGUGUGGUAUCCUCAUUUCUCCCCUCACAGAACUAGUGAUUUUCCAAAUGACCUAAAUGACAAACAC